AUGUAUAUAUAUAUAUAUAUUUCACUUAUGGCUUAUGCAGUAUUGGUACCUUUGAAUCCAAGUUACAUAAAAUCUAACAAAGUUAAGUUUUGAUAAUUAAUUUACCAUAAACACGCUUUGCUAAAGAUUACGGCCAUGUUGGGAGACGAAAAGCUUAAGGCCGUGGGUUUGAUUGACUUUGGACGUAUAUUUUCGAAAGUUUACUAAUUUUAAUCUUAUGAAAAGGAUCAUUUUUCUUAUGACAAUGAUGAAUUAAAAAAUAAUAAAAAUUGAUAAAUUUGUACUUGUAACUUAUGACCCUUUGCGUGAAUUUUGUAUAUUAUUGUUGAAAGAGGAAGAUGGGCUUUGACCUGGGACGAUUCCAUGGGGAAGUGGAUGAAGAACUUAUAUGUCCUAUCUGUUCUGGAGUUCUAGAAGACCCAUUACAAGCUCCUCAGUGUGAACAUGCAUUCUGUCGAAGCUGCAUUUUUGAGUGGUUUGUUCGUCAACAGACAUGUCCAGUUGACCGAACCCCUGUUACAACUGUACAGCUAAAGCCUGUGCCUCGUAUCCUCAGGAACCUAUUGUCUCGUCUCCUUAUCACGUGUGACAAUUCCUCUUUUGGUUGUGGUGCAGUGGUGAAACUAGACAGGCUUACAGCUCAUGAAGAUGAAUGUGAGUACAACCCAAAACGACCAGUACAGUGCCAGCAAGGGUGUGGACUAGUAAUUCCUAAAGAUGAACUCAAGGGCCAUAGUUGUAUUAGGGAGCUUCGAGCAUUAGUCCAAAGCCAACAGCAGAAAAUGACAGACUUUCAACAGGAGCUAAAUGAACAAAAACAAGAGAUAGAUUUGCUUAAGGAAUGUAUCCGAACCUUCACAAUAUCCAACCCAUGCGUACCAAACCUUGUAGAAUCCAUUGGACAAGAUGAAAUUUCCAGGUGGACCAGUUCUCUCCAGAGAGCGCGAGUCACUCGAUGGGGUGGGAUGAUCUCUACUCCUGAUGUUGUACUUCAAGCGAUGGUUAAGAGGGCUCUGAUUGAGAGUGGCUGUCCAUCUCACAUCAUCAAUGACUUGAUGGAGAAUGCACACGAACGGAGGUGGCCCCCAGGAUUAAGCACCUUGGAGACACGUCAGACAAACAGACGACAAUAUGAAAACUAUGUUUGUAAGCGAAUACCAGGAAAGCAGGCUGUUGUUGUGAUGGUCUGUGAUAACAGUCACAUGAGUGCAGAUCUGCUUCUAAAUCCAGGCCUAGUCAUGAUUUUUGCUCAUGGAAUAGAAUGAACUUGAACACAGUUCUUUCAGUAGUGGUCCACACACUGUGUUUCAAAUUUUAAGAACUACUUAAGUGGUAAAAUAGUUCUUCUUCAUCUUUUUUUUAUGACACAUCUGUUUACUUUCCAUAACUGUUGCUUUCUUUAUUGUUUCUGUUAUGAAGUUUGUUUAACAAAUCAGAAUGAGACAAAUUUUAGUUCUGUUCUUGUUUUGUAUUAACUCAGAAUGAGCAUGCAAGACUUGGUAAAUUUACUGUUAUGCUAGAAACAUUUUUGAAUGGUUGUACUAAAGCUUUGUGAAACAUAUUUUUCCUUAAUGGCAUGUAUCACAAUAAAUAUACUCUUGGUGACCAGUGAAACGAGUAACAGAAGAUGGUGGGUACUGUGAAAAGUGAUAGGAAAGUCAUGUUGUUCUUACACGUUUAAAUCUUGUAAUCCUUUUCAUUUGUCAAGCAUUAAGAUCCAAAACUGUGAUGGUUGUAAUCAUUAAGAAAUAUGACAAGAAAGGAUUUGUUGUGUUACUUUAAAGAUUCCUUUGAAAGAAAGGACAACAAGGAAAAGAUCGUUAGUGUUACUUAUCAUCUGUGUCAGUGGCCAAGUGUCUUGUAUUACUGUGUAAGAUUUGCCAGCAUCCCAUGAAAGUUUCUUCUGUAUUUUCAUCACAGAUCUGAAUCAGCUCAUUUCAUUAUUUGAUAUGUUAAACAAUUUAGACACAUUUAAAACACAUAGUACAAGUUUAGGCACUUUAAAGUUACCUCAUGCCUUUUUUUGAUGAAGUGCACAUUAAGCUUUCUUAUGUUAAAGAUUUAUAUUCCACAUUACUCAGGAGUUUUCAAUAGCUAAUUAAGUUUGAUUUAAUUUUAGUUAUUUCUGCCAUACAGCUAGAAUUAAUAGUCAUUUAUGUGUACAUUAACAAUCAUAGUGUGUACACAUGGACCUUACCAGCAAAAGCCCAAGAGCUGGUAUAAAAAAAUUGGACUGUUAUAAAGUCAUCAAGUGUAUUCAACAUUAUAUGUAGGUUUUCAUCGUAACCUAAUGACUUCUCAAAGUGCAGACAGAUAACACCUGACAAUGUCAGUAAGUUUAUCUUUAUGUAGACAGAUGCAAUCUGUGGAAGAUUUGACGUCAGUAAGUAUAUCUUUAUGCAGACAGAUGUGGUCUCUGGAAGACCUGAUGUCAGUAAAUCAAUCUUUAUGCAGGUAAAUGUCUCUGGAAGAUUCAACAUAAAAAAAUCUAUCUUUAUGCAGACAGAUAUAGUCUGUGGAAGAUUCAACAUCAAAAAAUCUAUCUUUGUGUAGACAGAUGUACUCUGUAUAAGAUUUGAUGACAAUAAAUCUGUCUUUAUAUUUAUACAGAUAGAUGCAAUCUGUUGAAGAUUUGAUGUCAGUAAGUGUAUCUUUAUCUCUGAAAAAGUCUUCACAUAUCCUUCACUACUCUGUAAUCAUGAUUAUGUGUCAACAGUUGUAUAAAAGAUGUUGAAAGAGUGUUGAUUUGAAGAAAAGCGUGCUUGUAUAUCUGUCCAUACUGUUAGACACUGUUAGAAUUUGUUAAACUUUUAAUGGGAAUCAUGUGUUUUGUGAAGUUGUGGCUGAAGGAUGUUUUUUCUAAAUAUCCAGUCUCAGAGCUACAGCAGUAUGAACACUACAUACUUUUAAGAUAUUUCAAAGAGUCUUAUAGUUGUUUUUCCAGAGUAUCAUUAACAGUGUGAUGACUGAACAACACAAUGUCACAUUAUUACCGCUAUGUGUGAACUUGUUAAUAUGAAAGUGGUAGUUUUUAUUGUAUAGUUAGUGUUAUGACAAAGCCACUGGAUGCAUUUUGAAGAUGCUUUUCAAACUAUAUGCUGUUCACUUAAUUAUUUAAAAUUGCUAAGUUACACAGGUGGUUUUGUAUUCUUUCAUAGUGAUUGCAAUAUUUCAUUAUUGGAAUGGCUUAUACUAUUUUAUUGUUAAUAUAUUUCAAAAGCUGAACAAUGCUAUUUGUACUGUAAGAUAUUAACUAUUGUUAGAUUGUUUUGUCAAUACCACUAGUAAGCCAUUCAACAUAAAAUAUUCAAAGCAUUUCUGUGAAAAGAUACUUUUGGUUGAUAUUUAUAUUCGCUGUACAAGUAAAAGAAACAAAAAAAAACGUUCCUUUGGAUAUUAAUUGUAAAAACUUUGUCUUCUUAUUUUCAACAAGAUGAUCAGAUUAUAUCACAUUGUUUGUAGCUAAAUGAUCACAUUAUAGUAUUCUAUGUUUAGCAAGAUGACCAUGCUGUUGUAUUUGGUUUUUAGCAAGAUUAAAGAGGUUGUAUUAUUAUUAUUA